AGCGUGAAGCCAUAACAUAUUCAUGGGAGCUAUUAACGGAGGUGUACGGAAUCCCCAAGGACCGACUGUAUGCAUCGUAUUUCGAAGGAGACUCUAAAAAUGGCCUCGAACCAGACUUAGAAGCAAAGCAGAUAUGGCUUGAUGUUGGUAUGGCAGAAGAUCAUAUCGUUCCUGGAUCACCGAAGGACAACUUUUGGGAAAUGGGAGCAACUGGACCAUGUGGGCCUUGUAGUGAAAUACACUACGAUCACGUAGGUGACCGGAAUGCUGCGGGCCUCGUGAACAAGGAUGAUAUCACCGUCAUCGAAAUAUGGAAUAACGUGUUCAUCCAGUACAAUCGUGAAAAUGAUGGUUCUCUAAAGUUACUUCCUGCCAAACAUGUCGACACUGGUAUGGGGUUCGAGCGUCUCGUCGCGGCUCUAAACGGGACAUUAUCGAAUUAUGAUACCGAUAUUUUCACUCCAAUUUUCUCGCGAAUACAAGAAAUCACUGGAUUUGGGGAAAAGGAUUUCGAUGGAAUUGACACCGCCUACCGCGUUAUCGCAGACCACACCCGUACACUUACUUUUGCCCUUUCUGACGGUGGUGUUCCCUCAAAUAUCGGGCGUGGUUAUGUCCUUAGACGAAUUUUGCGGCGGGGGCCCGGAGCAGGCGCAGCUUUCCCAGAGAUAACGAAGAAAUACGACGAUAUAAAGGAAAUGCUGGACGAGGAAGAGAAAUCAUUUGCCCGAUUUUCGCGGGAAGCUCAGUCCUCAGCAGGAAAGGAGCUCAAUGGGAGAGAUGUGUGGAGGCUGUACGAUACUUUUGGCUUUCCGGUGGAUCUCACGAAACUCAUGGCGGAGGAACUUGGCUUGAAGAUCAACAAGCAACAAUACGAAGAGGCGCAGGCAUACUCGAAAGAGAUUAGCAAGGCUGCUGCCAAGAAGGAUGGGAAGGAGGCAAUAAAGUUGGACGUUCACGAUAUUGCCGCGCUUGAAAAGGAUGAUAGAGUCCCCAAAACCAAUGAUGGCUACAAGUUCGAGCUUGGGGAUGUGACUGCAACUAUAAAGGCUAUUUACCAUGAAAGGAAGUUUCUGAAAUCGACUGCCGAACUACCUGAGAAUGCUCCCUUUGGCGUACUAUUAGACAAGACGAGUUUCUAUGCAGAAGCUGGUGGUCAGGAAUAUGACACGGGGAGCAUUACAAUCGAUGGUGUCGCUGAGUUUGCCGUGGAAAAUGUCCAGGUUUUCAAUGGUUACGUGCUUCAUAUCGGAAAACUGAAAUACGGGAGCCUGAAAAUCGGAGAUGAGGUCCAUGCGGAAUAUGAUGAACUCCGGCGUUGGCCUCUUAGAAACAACCAUACCGCCACACACAUCCUAAACUUCGCACUACGUGAGAUCCUUGGGGAUCACAUUGACCAAAAAGGUUCUCUCGUCGCACCUCUCAAACUUCGUUUCGACUUCUCCCACAAAUCCCAAGUCACUCCCGCUGAACUCGAGAAGAUAGAAGACGUCUGUAAUAAGUGGAUUCAAAAGAAUGUACCAGUGUAUAGCAAGGAGCUUGAUCUCCAGACUGCAAGAAAGAUCCCUGGCUUACGAGCGGUGUUUGGAGAAGUCUACCCCGAUCCUGUGCGUGUGGUCACUCUCGAAUUCGACCUGGAUGAAAUAGUUAAAGACGUCACCAAUCCGAAAUGGAGGGGGACGAGCGUAGAAUUCUGUGGGGGAACUCACGUAAAAACAACUGGUGAUAUCAAAGAUUUGCUCAUCACGGAGGAGACUGCUAUCGCUAAAGGAAUACGGCGAAUAAUUGCUAUAACUGGGACAGAAGCAAGAGAGGCAUCUCGUGUUGCGCUCUCGCUAGAAUCCGAGUUAGAAACCAUCAAAAAGAAGGCCGGGAAAGACAAGGAUGCAGCAAUGAAAGCAUUCUCUGUGACAUUGGCUGCGGCGGAUAUUUCUCUCUUGAAGAAAGGCCAGCUAAAGGAUCGCCUGGCGGCCAUACGAAAAGCUUACGACGGCGAGGUCAAGGCAGCAGAAACUGCCAUUUCCAAGAAGGCGGUGGCUGAGUUGGAGACAUUCUUCAGGGAGAAUCCCAACGCAAAUCUGUACGUCUCGAACAUCAUUGAUGCCAACGCGAAUCCCAAGAUUCUGCAAUCUGUGCUGUUGAAGGCACGGUCACUUGAAAAAAGCGUUUACUUGUUCAGCGCUGAUCAAGAAUCUUCAAAAGUGGCGCAUAUUAACUUCGUUCCGAAGAGGAAAAUUAGCAAGGAAUUCGAUGCUAGGAUAUGGUCUUCCGCAGUCACAAGAAUCAUCGGCGGCAAGGCUGGAGGCAAGGAGGAUUCCACACAAGGAAUUAGCACCGAGACACCAAAGAUAGACGAAGCAUUGCAAGUUGCCAAGUCAUCGUUCCCAAGUUCUUAGGUGUGGGAUUGGAGUUGGACACCAAAAGCUAUUUGUGCUUUACAUUAUGUAAUGAAUCGUAGUAGAAUGACGCCCAAAACGUCCAAUAUCGACAAAGGCCAGCAACACUUAUCCAAAA